UCCACGAGGGAGGACCACGACUAGAACGACACGAUACUUGCCCCCAAAUUGUCGUCUUCAUCACUGAGAAUUGUGAGAUUAUUUGUCGCUAUUAAUUGCAAAUGCUUCCCCUAUAUUUGAGGACACAACCGGAAUAGCAUCUCCGCUAUUAAUUGCUGCUCUGUACAUUCCAUGGCCACUAUCUCUUCUUUCUCUUCCCCACCUUGGCAAAACCCUAACCCUAAUCCCAACCCGGACUUUCUCUCUCAGAUGCUUCAAUCUUCUGAAGAACAGGAACAAGACACUCCAAACGAAGAAGAGGAUGAAACUCUUCACAAUCGCAUUCCUCACGUCACAAUUCCGAACCCCAACCCCAAUUUUAGCGAUCGUGUUUGUCCUUUAACUCCGACUCUUCUUCACGUCUCAUUCAAUCAGGACUAUGGAUGUUUUGCCACCGGCACCGAUCGUGGCUUUCGGAUCUACAACUGCGACCCAUUCCGAGAAAUCUUUCGACGAGACUUCGAUCACGGAGGGGGUAUUGGCAUAGUGGAGAUGCUAUUCCGAUGCAACAUACUCGCGUUGGUUGGUGGCGGUGAUAAUCCUCAGUUUCCUCUCAAUAAGGUCAUGAUUUGGGACGAUCAUCAGAGCCGCUGUAUCGGUGAAUUAUCCUUUCGGUCCGAGGUUCGGGGCGUUAGGCUUCGAAGGGAUCGAAUUGUGGUGGUUCUAGAGCAGAAGAUAUUUGUGUAUAAUUUCGCGGACUUGAAGUUGUUGCACCAGAUUGAGACGAUUGCGAAUCCGAAAGGGCUUUGUGCGGUCUCGCAUACGGCUGGAUCGUUUGUGUUGGUGUGUCCAGGGUUGCAGAAAGGGCAAAUUAGGGUUGAGCAUUAUGCGACCAAGAGGACUAAAUUUAUUCUGGCCCAUGAUUCGAGGAUUGCGUGCUUCACGAUCACACAGGAUGGUAAUUUGCUUGCCACGGCCAGCACGAAGGGUACUCUGGUGAGGAUUUUCAAUACAUACGAUGGAACUCUUUUGCAAGAGGUAAGGAGGGGAGCAGAUAGAGCAGAAAUAUAUAGUGUGGCAUUCUCUUCGACUGCACAGUGGCUUGCAGUUUCAAGCGAUAAGGGCACUGUCCAUGUUUUUGGUCUUAAGAUUAAUUUGGCAAACCUAGGGACGAAUGAUAAGUUGAAUAGUCCACCUGAUCCCAAUCUUGCUGUUACACCAUCUAGCUCAUCUCUCUCUUUCAUGAAAGGAGUACUGCCCAAGUAUUUCAGCUCGGAGUGGUCAGUGGCUCAGUUCCGUUUGAUUGAAGGUUCUCAGUACAUUGUUGCCUUCGGUCACCAAAAGAAUUCAGUGGUCAUUCUUGGCUUGGAUGGAAGCUUCUAUCGAUGCCACUUUGACCCGGCGACUGGUGGAGAGAUGACUCAAUUGGAAUAUCACAACUUUGUUAAGCCUGAAGAAGCUUUCUAAUGCAGAGCUCAUCUCUUUGUAUCUCUCUCAAGAUAUGUAUAUGGUAUUCUUCUUUUCCCUUCUGUGUUGUCUAUGUUGCAGAUAUCUACGUGUAUAUAACUAGCAGUUUGAUACUGUUUCAAUUAAACAAAAUUAAAAAAAGUUAAAAUACGGUUGCCAUUACGUUCUGCAUAUCCUUGUAGUUAUGAUUUUUGUUUUUUUUUUUUUAAUUAUUCAUGGUGAAGAGCCUGUAAAAAUUUGUGGAGCCUCUCGUUUUUCGAGUAAUUUCCUUUAUUUUGCUUAUUUUUUUUUGGUAAGAGAAAUUUAUUGCACAUUUUAAGGGCAACCAUUGGUGU